AUGGAGAAUCUGAAUCCGGCACUAACUGCCGCCCCAGCGGCGGCCGACCGUGCCCUUUACGUCAAGAUGCCGAAUGAGUUGUUUGUUUUUAGGUGUGAUGUUUGUGGGGUGCCUACUACUUUGAAAGAGCAAGGGCUUGCAUUUCGUGGUCAUGAUGAAUCUGAGCAUUCAAGUAAUCAAGGAAAUUUCCUCCAGCUUUUAAAGUUUCUUGCUAAUCAUAAUGAGGAUGUUAAAUCAGUAGCAUUAAAGAAUGCUUCUGAAAAUCUUAAAUUAACCUCACCUGAUAUUCAAAAGGAUAUUGUGAAUGUUGCUGCCAUUGAAACUAUUAGUGUUAUUAUUAGUGAUAUUGGAGAUGAAAUAUUUUCUAUCAUGAUUGAUGAAUCUCGUGACAUAUCAACAAAGGAACAAAUGGCUAUUGUAUUUCGUUAUGUGGAUAUGGAUGCUGAUGUAAUUGAACGUUUUAUAGAUGUUGGACAUGUUACAAGUACCACUGCUCUUUCACUUAAGAUGGCAAUUGAUGAACUAUUUUGUAGGCAUGGACUGAGUAUAACUAGAUUGUGCGGGCAAGGAUAUGAUGGAGCUAGUAAUAUGCAAGCUAUGUUGCUAAUGUGGUCAAUGUUAUUGGGCCUUCAUGUAAACGUCGUAAAAAUUCUUCAUGAAAAACAAGCUACCAUGGUUAUUGAAGCACUCAAUAAUGGUGAAAUUGAAAGUGGAUGGGGUCUUAAUCAAAAUACUACUUUGAAGCGUGCUAGUGAUACACGUUGGGGCUCUCACUAUGAUACUUUAAUCAGCUUGAUUUCCAUGUUCUCAUCUGUUAUUGAUGUGCUUGAGAUAAUUAUAGAUGAUGGAUCAUAUGUUGAAUAG